AUGGCCGACGACAGCAGCAACAACAAGACGCCGCCAACCUCCCUCUAUGACGAAAAGCCCGUCUACACGACAUCCAAUGGCGCUCCCGUCGCCAAUCCGACGGCCUUCCAGCGUGUUGGCCAGAUGGGUCCUCUCCUCCUCCAGGACUUCCACUUGAUCGACCUCCUCGCUCACUUUGACCGCGAGCGCAUCCCCGAGCGAGUCGUCCAUGCCAAGGGCGCUGGCGCCUACGGCUUCUUUGAGGUGACGGACGACAUCAGCGACAUCUGCUCUGUUGAUGCUUUCACCGGCGUCGGAAAGAAGACGCCUCUCGUCACCCGCUUCUCCACCGUCGGCGGCGAGAAGGGGUCGGCCGAUACGGCGCGUGAUCCCAGAGGGUUCGCCGUCAAGCUGUACACCCAGGAAGGCAACCUGGACCUCGUCAUGAACAACACGCCCAUCUUCUUCCUGCGUGAUCCCACCAACUUUCCUCUCUUCAUCCACACGCAGAAGCGCAACCCGCAGACGAACCUCAAGGAUGCAACCAUGUUCUGGGACUACAUCGCCAACCACCAAGAGUGCGUGCACCAGGUCAUGCACCUCUUCUCCGACCGCGGCACGCCGUACUCGUACCGCCACAUGAACGGCUACACAGGCCACACGCUCAAGUGGACCAAGCCCGACGGGUCCUUCGUCUACACGCAGCUGCACUUCAAGACGCGGCAGGGCAACAAGACGUUCACGGCGGCCGAGGCGGCGCGCAUGGCGGCCGAGAACCCGGACUGGACGACGCAGGACCUCUUCGAGGCCAUCGCGCGGCGCGACCCGCCGUCCUGGGACGUCUACGCGCAGACGCUGACGCCGGCGCAGGCGCAGGCGUUCCGCUGGAACGUCUUCGACCUGACCAAGGUGUGGCCGCAGGCCGAGGUGCCGCUGCGGCGCUUCGGCCGCAUGACGCUCGACCGCAACCCGGCCAACUACUUCGCCGAGAUUGAGCAGGCCGCCUUCUCGCCGUCGCACCUCGUGCCGGGCGUCGCGCCCUCGGCCGACCCCGUGCUGCAGGCCCGCCUCUUCAGCUACCCGGACACGCACCGCCACCGCCUCGGCGUCAACUACCAGCAGAUCCCCGUCAACCGGCCGCUGCGCGCCUUCAACCCCUUCCAGCGCGACGGCGCCAUGGCCGUCGACGGCAACUGCGGCGCCACCCCGGGCUACGAGGCCACGGCCCGCCCGCUGGCGUACAAGCCCGUGCGCGCCGUGUCGGGCCACGAACGGUGGGAGGGCGAGGCUGUCGAGGCUGUGUUCGCCGAGGUCGGGCCCGAGGACUACGUGCAGGCCGCCGGCCUCUGGGCCGUGCUGGGGCGGACGCAGGGCCAGCAGGAGAACUAUGUCGGCAACGUGGCGGGGCAUCUCGCUGGCGCCGAGGAGGGCACGAGGAGGCGGGUGUAUGAGAUGUUCGGCAAGGUGGAUGGGGAGCUCGGCAGGCGGAUCGAGGCGGCGACGGAGAAGUUGGCGACGCCUGUGGCCGAGGUCAAAUCGAAGCUGUAG